CUUCCGGGCAUUGCCUCAGAUUGGUUCACAUGUACCCCAAGAAUAAUCUCCCCUAAUCUUAUUCAAAUCACACCACCAGUGACUUACUACUUUAAGCACUCCACAAGACUUUUCCCGUGAUCUUGCCUCGAGUUAUCUAAAGCCUUCCUAUUUGGAAUAACUACUCAAUUUGGGUAACUUCCCAGACCCCAUGUGCGCCAUAGAAUCAGUCGGCCUCCACGAAGUUGCCCGUUGGGUUCAAUGAUCUACUUGCUCAGACCGUAUAACAUUCUUUCGUUCAAGCUUUUUAGCCUCCAUCACACACUCACUUCGCCUUCCCCUUGGUCUAAAAACAAACAGUUAAAACCAAUCAAGUAAUUCUCAAAAAAACAGGGCAAGAAAACAUACGCCCAUACUCUCUAGGAUAUAUCUCAUAAGUAGAAAAUUCUGUUGGUAGUAAUGCCUGCUCCAACCCCACAGUCAAGGUCAUUGUCGACGACUAUGAUAAUCAUUGGACUUCUCUCAGCCAUCAUCAUCUUGACCUUCGUUGCAUUCUUCGUCUAUCUUCGGCGUAAAAGGGAAAACCGACAAUCAAACAACAUUUCGGAUCCUGAAGCAAGAGGGCUGAGCCAGGUGACGGGAGAAAGCGAACGUCCGAACUCUCAAGCUGAAACCAGUUCUGACAGGACUCAAAUCGGAUUCAAGAUUGUGGGAAGACUGCCUCGCCUUGAGACCAUCAACGCCCCCAUCAGAUCCAUACACCCUUCAGUCCAUAACGCCAGCCCGACUCGGUCGAAUUCUCAACCCCCACUACCCACCUUGGGUCGGCGCAGCUCGGAUCCCGAAGAGCGGGUAACCAAUCAUGUGGCGAUGGAAGGAUCAAGGGCGCAUUUCUUCGAGAGGAAGAAUCGGCAGAGGAGGAAAAAAUUCAGUGGUCAAUCUUUAGACUCCAAAAUCGAUCAGAACCCAUCGCUGGAGCCACCGGCAAUUAUCGAGCUGCGCCGGGCCUCCGUAGAAAGUAUUGAGCAUAUGGAAAAGAACAGCCAGGUCUAUUCUCCCUACAACGAACAGGGAAGCUCUACGAAAUCGCUUCUAGAAAUGUCGCCAAGGAAAUAUGAUACAUGUCCGCCUUCAGCCGGCUCAACAACGGCCUUUAUGAACCUGUCCGCGACGGAUAGCCAUCAUCACCUCCAACCCAUCGACAACAAAUCCCCCGAUCUUCGGAUCACGCCUUCGUCGAUAGUCGAAACUACGGAAAAAAAACCUCCGGCCAGAAUCUUGAGAAAGAAACUGCUGAACCUAAUUUCGACGCAGCCAAGACCGGGUCUCAGGAAUGAAUCGGAGGAUAAAUAUUACUGGGAAAUGAUGCAGGUUGAAACCAAUGAUACUUGGUGGCAGCUCCCGUUCCCGCCUCACCUCUCGCCCAUCAAACCCGAAUUCGAGCUGGCCGAUCUCGACUUUCAUCAACAUGAUCAGUCCGACUCUCCCGGGCCUUUUGGUCAUCCUGAAACCGACUGCGAGGCUCAUCCGCAAGCCAUCCGAUUGGUCCCGCUACAAAGCCCAUGACGGAACGGCAAGAAAACGAGGACCAAACUCCGACUUCCAAACCACCCCCAAAAAA